AUGUCCGGCGUGAUACGAAACCAGUCUACCGCUGCCUUCCAAGGCUUCUCCAUCUCUCAGCCCUUCCUUGGCGCGUCUCUGCAGUUCUACCCUGAGAUGGGCACCCAGGAACUCGACGACCUUGUCAACGCCUACCUCCCCGGCUCUGCCUCCAUCCAGGAGAAACGAGCCACCGUCUCCAUGGACUUCUUUGCAUUCUCUCAGCUCACUGGAGAGACCUUCAAGUACUAUCCCGUUGCCAGCGAUUCCAGCAGCUCCGCCAUCUCCUCUGCCGGAUCUAGCCCCAUGCAGAACUCCAGCAGCAGCUCCAACUUCGUCUCCCCUGUCAUUUCUGACUGGUCUUGGUCUCAGUCUACGCCCGGCUCAGCCUCUGCGUCUACUCCCGCGUCCCUCAGCCAGGAAUCCGUGUACUCCAAGUCGUCCAAGAGGGCCGCAUCUUCUGCGACAAAGCCCCAGGCUAACGACUUCUCCCACCUCCCUGGGAUGAAGAUCAUGACAAAGGAUGGUCGUGAUGUCACAAACUCUGCUUCUCGCGGUUGCAAAACCAAGGAGCAGCGUGAUCAUGCGCAUCUGAUGCGCAUCAUUAAGGCAUGCGACGCCUGCAAGAAGAAGAAGGUCAGGUGUGACCCUAGCCACAAGAAGCGCACCACCACACAAGCACAGGGUGCGGCCGCGGCUCCAGCGCGGUCGGCGAAGAAGGCCAAGACGUCGAAGAGGGACUCGCCAGUAGCAGCCGAAAGGUCACCACAACCAAGCACAUCAUUUUCAACACCAGCAUUGUUCACAGAGCCCUCACUCGCGGACCUCGACAUGCUCGAUAUGGCAGAUUCUUGGGAGUCCUUCGUCCAGUUCGAUGACGAGCCCGCCAACGUCGCGCCUUUCGAGUACGACUUCUUCUUCGACCCUGCGGGACACCUCACUCCCGAGUCAAGCCAGUCUCCCAUUACUCCCUCGAUGGUAUUCAGCCAGUCUCGGAACGGCUCCGAUGGCCUACAAGACGUGGUUGUCAGCAAGCCAUUCACCGACGAGCUCGAUGUCCGGCCGCCGGCGCUUCCUUACCUGGACUCUUCCCCACGCAUCAGCAACUAUGUCGACUUCAACCUCUACUCACCCGAGCCAAGCUUCUUGGACGACGACGUUGCACUGCUCAGUGACAUUGGUACUACUACUACUACCACCAAGGCCCAGAGCACGGUGUCUCAGCGCCGCAGCUCACCUCAAAGCGGCGAGUCGUCAGUUCAGCAACAAGUGCACCUCGGUCGCUCUCCAACGGCACCAGAUGAUUACUUGGCAGACGAUAUCGGAGUACCAGUAAGCGGAACUGCACUGGGAGGAGCCAGCGUCGCGGUCUGUCGUCACCGUCACCGUCCAUCGUCUGUAGCAGUACAUGCUGGAGUUCCGGGCGCUUCGAUGACCGUGUCUGAGUCUCAAUUGAGCCUAUCCGACGUCAAUGCAACAUCCCGCAGUGUACGCUCACAACGACUUGCGGAUCCAGUCCUGCAACCAAGCUCGCCACAAUCACUACCACUGCCACAUGCCACGUCCCACGCUGCUGUCAAUUCUUCAGGAGUACAUGUCACCGCACUUGGCGGCGUACUGCCAGGAGUAGUUGGCCGUUUACCAACGUCCUCAGUCAUUGCGCCCUCACGCUCCUCGACCGCCGUCGAGGAGGCGUCUUAUUACGCGCAUAUCACGAGGACAAUCAAUGGCGCCAAUGGCCGUGGAGCAAUUAUUAGCGGAAUGUCCAGCAGCGUCUCUCCGGAUGCUCAGCUCCAGCUUGCCACGCCAGAGUCGUCAGAAAGUCGUCACAACACCACACAUAGCGUCACCCGUUCCUCUGCUGGCGCCUUUGUACUAGGCGGGGUACGCAUUCUGACGGAGGCGGUUGCGGGUGGUAGUUUGACAUGCAAGCGCCGCUCUCUCGUCGACUGGCUGUCCAAGUCGCAGUGCCUGGUAUACGUGGCACUCUUUGCGACUGUACUCGGGUUGGGUGCGCAAGUCCUCAUGGUACAGGCGUUCGCCGGCCGAUUCAUUCAACUCGCUAUUGGCCUAGCGAUAUACAAGGUCUACCACUUUUACUCAAGUCUCUAUGACUCGAGACCGGAACAGAGCCAUCUUGGGACCGCCACGUCAAAGCCGCAGGGCUUGAGCGACGGCGCGAGGCUUCUCUCCUGUGUCAGCACGAGACUACGACGUACCUGUCGACAGAACCAAUCCGCACAAACCCCGGUCAACGGGGCGCGGAUAAAGGUUCUGGGCCUCGCGCAAGGUCUCUCAUGA